UGUGACACUUAGUUGCCACCAUUAUCACAACACAAGCUUCACUCAUAGGUUUCCCGCGAAGCAUAGAUAGAUGGAUAUAUAGCCAGAGAUGAAAUUCUGCUUGUGCUUGGCUUUGGAUUUUUAUCUCGGAAAAGAAAAAGGGUUUUGACAUGGCACUGAGCUUUCUGGAAAAAUCUAAGCCAAUUUGAAUUGGUCACGCUCGGAAAAGGAAAUGCUUGUCUCUUUCGGAGUCCAAAUGCUAGAUCUAAUAAUUGAAGUCUCUGUUCAAAGUUUCUCCUCCUCCUUCUUCUUCUCCUCCAGAUAUCUUUUCACAGAGCUUCAAAUCUGCAGAUUUUUUGUUAUUCCUUUUUCUUACUACUUCUCCGUGCCUCCCCAAUAAUUUCUGGUGUUUUAGGCUCACUGGGGUGUUUCCUUUUCUGUGUUUUCAUUGUAGACUUCACAUUGGUUGUCACAGAUUGCAGGCCCAGUUCUGCUGUAGGUUGUGUCUAUCGCUUGGUUUUGUCUCAACUUGAGCCACCAUUUUCUUCAUUACUCUCUAAGCUACUCUAGCUGUCCCUUUUUUUCCCAUUAAUUUCUCUCUCUCUCUCUCUCUCUCUCUCUCUCUCUCUCUCUCUCAAUUAUUAGUUUUAUUUUAUUAUUUAGCUUAGUUUCUUUUUUGUUCAUUGAUUAUUAAAUUACUGGGAUUUGGAGCUUCUUCUGGUGGGAACCUUUCUGGGGUUCAGUAUCUGUUCCUUGCUUUAUUUGUUAUUUCAUUUUUGCUGGGUACUUGUGCUGAAGAGUUAUUACCUAGUUUUGGGUUGCGGGGUAUUUGUGCAGUUGUUAGUGGUGUUAGUUUUUGAAGAUGCUCUGCGUUUAGGAUUAUCAUGUACUUCAACUUGAGCUCCCUAGCAAGUGUUUUUAGUGAGUUGAUCCUGGUUUGGGGAAAGUUGCCAUUUUGGUUCCUAGUUUUAGCAAUGAUACAAGAGUCUUGGUCCUAGGAAGAAAAGCUGUUUCUUCACGGAGGGCAUUUCAGUCUCUUGAUGUUGUGUUGAAUUUUGUUAAUCAGUGGGACAAAGGAUAAAGAAUGAGUGGUGGCAGGAAGAGGAAGCUGCGUUUAAGCAAGAUCUACUCAUUCGCGUGCUGCAAGGCAUCUUUCAAGGGAGAUGAUUCACAGAUUGGAGGAAAAAAUUAUUCCAGGGUGGUGUUCUGCAAUGAGCCAGAUAUCUUUGAGGAUGGUGUUAAGAAUUUUGCAGAUAACUCUGUCAGAUCUACAAAAUAUACUCUUGCAACUUUCUUUCCCAAAUCUUUGUUUGAACAGUUUAGGAGGGUGGCAAACUUCUAUUUUUUGGUCACUGGCACCUUGGCCUUAACAAAACUUGCUCCAUAUACUGCUGCCAGUGCUAUCUUUCCACUGAUUGUUGUUAUUGGAGCUACUAUGGUGAAAGAAGGUAUCGAAGACUGGCGCAGGAAAAAACAGGAUAUAGAGGUGAACAAUAGAAGAGUUAAAGUUCAUAAAGUUGGUGGUAUUUUUGAAUAUACUGCAUGGAAGAAUCUGAGGGUGGGGAAUAUAGUGAAGGUAGAGAAGGAUGAGUUCUUCCCGGCUGACCUGCUGUUGCUUUCAUCCAGUUAUGAGGAUGCUGUUUGCUAUGUUGAGACCAUGAACUUAGAUGGGGAGACAAAUUUGAAGUUAAAACAAGGGUUAGAGGUAACAUCUUCCUUACAGGAGGAUCUUAACUUCCAAAAAUUUAAAGCUACAGUGAAAUGUGAAGACCCCAAUGCAAAUUUGUAUUCAUUUGUUGGGAGCAUAGAGUUUGAAGAGAAGAAUUAUGCCCUCUCUCCUCAGCAACUUCUUCUCCGUGACUCUAAACUUCGUAAUACAGAUUACAUUUUUGGAGCUGUCAUUUUCACUGGUCAUGACACUAAGGUUAUUCAAAAUUCUACUGACCCACCUUCAAAAAGAAGUAGAAUUGAGAAGAAGAUGGACGAAGUCAUCUAUUUCUUGUUUUGUAUUUUGUUUUUAAUGGCAUUUGUUGGAUCUAUUUUCUUUUGCAUUGCAACUAAAGAUGACUUCCAAAAUGGGUUGAUGAAAAGAUGGUAUUUAAGACCAGACGAUUCUGCUGUUUUCUUUGACCCAAAAAGACCAGCUGCUGCUGCUUUCUUUCAUUGUUUGACAGCCUUAAUGUUGUAUGGGUUCUUUAUUCCUAUCUCUUUGUAUGUGUCAAUAGAAAUGGUCAAAGUUCUUCAGAGUAUUUUCAUCAAUCAAGAUAUCCAUAUGUACUACAAGGAAGCAGACAAACCAGCCCGAGCUCGUACUUCUAAUUUGAAUGAGGAGCUUGGGCAGGUUGAUACAAUACUUUCUGACAAGACUGGAACUCUGACCUGCAACUCAAUGGAGUUCAUCAAAUGUUCUAUUGCUGGGGUAGCAUAUGGCUGUGGUGCUACAGAGGUUGAGAAGGCCAUGGGUAGAAGAAAAGGUUCACCACCAAUUCAUGAGCAUGAUAUUGAAUCAGAAGCACAUAACAUUAGGGGUUCGCUUGAUAAAAAAGCACUUAUUAAAGGCUUUAACUUUGAUGAUGAAAGAAUAAGAGAUGGACAUUGGGUAAAUGAGCCUCAUGCAGAUGUUAUCCAAAAGUUUUUCCGCGUGUUGGCUGUAUGUCAUACAGCCAUAACAGAAGUGAAUGAAGAAACCGGAAAUGUUUCAUAUGAGGCUGAAUCCCCAGAUGAAGCCGCAUUUCUGAUUGCAGCAAGAGAACUUGGUUUUGAAUUCUACAGAAGGGGUCAGACUUGUUUAUCGACAUUUGAGUUGGAUCCAGUUUCUGGCAAUAAAGUUGAAAGGAAAUACAAGCUUCUCAAUGUUUUGGAAUUCAAUAGCUCAAGGAAGCGAAUGUCAGUGAUAGUGGAAGAUGAAGAAGGGAAGAUUUUGCUUCUCUGCAAAGGUGCAGACAGCAUCAUGUUUGAAAGACUUGCCAAGAAUGGGAGGGAAUUUGAAGAGAAAACCAUGGCGCACGUGCAUGAAUAUGCUGAUGCAGGUCUGAGAACCCUUAUUCUGGCCUAUCGCGAGCUUGGUGCGGAAGAGUACAAGGAGUUUGAUAAUAAAUUCUCCAAGGCCAAGAAUUUAGUCAGUGCUGAUCAGGAGAAACUGAUUGAGGAAGUAGCAGAUAAGAUUGAGAAGAACCUGGUCCUUCUCGGUGCCACUGCCGUGGAGGACAAGCUCCAAGAUGGGGUUCCUAAUUGCAUUGACAAGCUUGCCCAAGCUGGAAUUAAAAUUUGGGUUUUGACUGGGGAUAAAAUGGAGACUGCAAUCAACAUUGGUUUUGCUUGCAGUUUGCUUAGAGAAGGGAUGAAGCAGAUUAUAAUUCAUUUGGAAAGUCCAGAAAUUCAAGCACUAGAGAAAGAUGGGGACAAGAUGGCCAUUGCCAAGGCAUCAAGGCAAAGUGUCCUCUUUCAGAUAUCUGAAGGUGCUGCCCAACUCACUGCGUACAGAGGGAGCUCUCAGAAGGCAUUUGCUCUGAUUAUUGAUGGAAAAUCACUUGUUUAUGCACUAGAAGACAAUAUAAAGAACAUGUUUCUGGAGCUAGCGAUGCAUUGUGCAUCUGUUAUUUGUUGUCGCUCAUCCCCAAAGCAGAAGGCACUGGUUACUAGAUUGGUUAAAUCUGGAACUGGGAAAACAACCUUAGCUAUUGGGGAUGGAGCUAACGAUGUGGGAAUGCUUCAAGAAGCAGAUAUAGGGGUUGGUAUAAGUGGUGUUGAAGGAAUGCAGGCAGUUAUGUCUAGUGAUAUUGCAAUUGCACAAUUCCGGUAUUUGGAACGGUUACUCCUGGUUCACGGACACUGGUGUUACAGAAGGAUCUCGUCUAUGAUAUGCUACUUUUUCUACAAGAAUAUCACAUUUGGUUUCACUCUGUUCUUGUAUGAGGUGUAUGCAUCAUUCUCUGGACAACCAGCUUACAAUGACUGGUUUUUGUCUCUCUAUAAUGUCUUCUUUUCAUCACUUCCUGUGGUUGCACUUGGGGUGUUUGACCAGGAUGUCUCCGCUCGGUACUGCCUGAAGUUUCCUUUGUUAUAUCAAGAAGGAGUACAAAAUGUUCUGUUCAGCUGGCGUAGAAUACUCAGCUGGAUGCUUAAUGGAUUUAUCAGUGCCUUAAUAAUUUUCUUCUUCUGCACAAAAGCGAUGGAGCUCCAGGCCUUCGAUGCAGAGGGUAGAACUGCCGGAAAGGAUAUAUUGGGAGUAACAAUGUAUACCUGUGUAGUUUGGGUUGUAAACUUGCAAAUGGCACUAGCUAUAAGCUACUUCACCUUGAUCCAACAUUUUUUCAUCUGGGGUUCCAUUCUUUUCUGGUAUAUUUUUCUCAUGGUAUAUGGAGCAAUGCCCUCACACUUUAGUACAAAUGCUUACAAAGUCUUCAUUGAAGCUCUUGCUCCAUCCCCUUCCUAUUGGCUUGUGACAUUCUUUGUGGUUAUCUCAACCCUUAUACCAUACUUCUCCUACGCAGCAAUUCAGAUGCGAUUCUUUCCCAUGUACCAUGAACUAGUACAAUGGAUAAGGUAUGAAGGGAAGAUUAAGGAUCCUGAGUUUUGUGAUAUGGUGCGGCAGAGAUCAUUGCGGCCAACAACCGUGGGUUCAACAGCACGCUUGGCUGCUAAGGCUCACCACGUAAGAGACAGAAAUGUUAAACAGUAGAUAAGAUAUUUUGACAAAUUAACCAUGAAAGCAUUUAGUUAGUUUGUGUACAGCUUCCUACAAAUAUGUAGUUUUUAUUUUGGUCUUUGCCUGUGGUCAUGGAAUUGCUUGCUGGAUCCUUUGAACCAGAGGAGUUUUGCUCCACGGUGAUUGCAUGGUGCAAGGACCAGUAUUUGUGACUGAGGCUGGAAAGAAAAAUAAAAUUGUAUAUCUGUUUCGGCCAUUUUGCUGCUGCAAACAAUUCAUUUAUCCACUUGUAUCAUAGUAGUUACUGUAUAGAGACAGACCAAUUCUUUGUAAGAUUGGAUUAUAGCUGCUUGCUGUUGUAGAAAACAAAGUUAUCCUAUUACUGAGAACA